UUACGUGUGUAAUCAGGAAGUAAAUACGUAUUUAUGGCAAACAGAUAGUAGUUCAGCCGCAGCGACAUCCUAAAUAAAUUUAAUAUAAUUUAUACACUGCUAAGAAAUUCCUGGGUAUCUGAAAUAUUCGAGCGGAAUGUCUUGCCCAUUCAGUCAGUCUGCGGAGCUAAACCCCGCAGUGCUGCCGCUGGACUGGCUCCUGGGAACAUGGCAGUCUGAUGAGCCAGGAGAGGGCUCUUUCCCCUCUAUCGCACCUUUUCGUUACUCAGAGACUCUCCAUUUCUCACAUGUGGGACAGCCCGUGAUCAAUUUUAUGUUUAAUGCAUUCCAUGCUGAGAGCAAAAAGCCUCUUCACAGGGAGUGUGGAUUCAUUAGGUUUCAGCCAGGCACAAACAGGGUGGCCUUCAUCAUCGCACAAAACUCAGGUCUAGUGGAGAUUGAGGAGGGGGAGCUCAUUGGACAGCAGUUGACUUUGCACUGCACCACUCUGGCUAGAACAUCUUUUGCUAAGGAGCCAUAUGUUCAGCAGAUCUCCAGGCACAUCCAGCUAAAGCCGGAUGGAAGAUUGGAACAGACCGUCUCCAUGGCACUGGAAGGACAGCCUCUGACACAGCAUUUGCACAUCACCUACCGCAGGACUGAUUGACCAGCUGAAAUGUGGGAGGAAGAUGUGAUACCAAAAAGCACUUGUACUAAUGUGCUAUUUAUGUCUUGUUUGAUGCAAAAUAUUGAUGGUUCACAUAUAGCAACCUGCAGGUGAUGGAAAUGCUAUAGGCAAUAUAUGUGUGACUUGGAAUGUUAUCUGAUGUGAUCUGUCUGGGAAAAAAAACAUUGCAAAUACUGUUACAUUAGAGAGGUCCCUUCUUGGUAUGUUUGCUGUAAUUUAGAACAACUAAAUCAGAGAAUAAAAGCUUUUUUGCAUAAUAAAUUGUUUAAACAUGGAUCACGGAGAACUCUUGUUUUUUAAGAGACUGGUGUUUAGAUUAAGUUUAACAAAAUAAAAAUAUGAAAUAACCAGUAACACUUUACAAUAAGGUUCCCUUUUUUAGUAUUAGUUAAUUUAUUAGGUAUCGUGAACUAACAACGAAUAAUAUUUUAAAACUGCAUUUAUUAAUCUUUCACCCAAAAAUUACAAUUUUCUAAAUUUACUCACCAUCAUGCCAUCACAGAUGUGUAUUACUUUCUUCUGCAGAACACUAUGAUUUUUAGAUGAAUAUCUCAGCUCUGUAGGUUCAUACAAUGCAAGUGAAUGGAGACCAGAACUCCAAAAGCUCCAAAAAGGGAUAAAGUCAGUAUAAACCUAAUCUAUCAGACUCCACUGGUUUAAUCAAUGAACAGACCAAAAUAUAACUAAUUUUUCACUAUAAAUCUUGUCAACAGUAACAACUUGAGUCAUAUGGAUUACUUUCCUGCUGACUUUAUUUCGUUUUUGGGAGUUCUGGUACUGAUUGACUUGCAUUAUAAGGACCUACAGAUCUGAGAUAUUCUUCUAAAAAUCUUUGUGUUCAGCAGAAGAAGGAAAGUCAUACACAUCUUGGAUGGCAUGAGGGUGAGUAAAUGAUGAGAGAAUUUUCAUUUUUGGUUGAACUAUUCCUUUAAGAUAAAUUAAUCUUAUAGGAAUAGUUCCCUUUAACUAAUGUUUACAAAUGGAACCUUAUUAUAAAGUGUUAUGAGUAAACCUCCAAAAUCUGUGAUCAGUGUAUAAAUUAUUUCCAGUAACAAGUACUGAACUACAGCAUAGGUUUUAAUGUCUGUACAUUGUAAUUUAAAGGGAAUAUGGGAUCAUUAAAGCACUGACAUAUA